GACCGAGAGGACCGAGAUGCCGGGGAUCACAGUACGCGUGAACUUUGAAUGAGUCAACACUGACAAAAAUUGAACUGAUCUUAGACGUUAUCAUGAUAAUCUUCCAGAUUUGGCAUUAUACCAUAGCGGCAUUUAAUUCGUAAGAAUUCCGUAAUUUGUUUUAAAGAGAGAUAAAAAGUGAUAGAGACAAACAGUCCCACAUUUGAACGUUUUCUUGGCACGAUUUAUGACUUUGGCACUGAGUCAAGAAGGAGAGUUAGCGUUUAUAUCGGGCUUUCGAAACGAACCCAUUUUUAUUCAUUGAUCAAAGAUCAAUGGGUAUGGCCUUGAUUUUCAUCUUCCUCUUUCUCUUAAGCUCUAUCUCAUCUUCUUAUGGGUAUGAUUCACUGGACCGAUGCCAUAUAACGAUUACAUGGGAUCUCAUGCUCGACAAUGGUAACACGUAUGAUUUAAGGGUAUCACUCUACAACUUCCAACUAUUUCGACAUGUGGAACGGCCUGGUUGGAAACUGAGCUGGACAUGGAAAGGGGACGAGGCAAUAUGGGAUAUGUGGGGAGCAGAGGCAACCCAGCAAGGAAACUGCUCCAGAUUUAGGGGUCAAUUUCUUCCUCAUUGCUGUGAGAAGCAGCCAGUGAUUGUUGAUCUCAUGCCAGGAGCACGUUAUAACAAGCAGUUUUCCAAAUGCUAAGGAGGGUUGCUCUCCUCCAUGACACAAGACUCUAGCAUGUCUGUUGCCGCUUUUCGGAUGAAUGUUAAUAAAGCUUCUGCGGGCAACAUUAGUGGAGACAGCAGCUUCAUGCCCAUGAAUUUCAACCUUGGUCUUCCUGGUUAUACAUGUGGAGACCCGUUUCAGGUUCCACCAACCAUGUUCAAAGAGGAUGGAAGCCGUCGAUGGACACAAGCUCUUGAGACGUGGAAUGUAACCUGUAUAUACUCGCAAUUUCAAGCAUCACCUGCUCCAAAAUGUUGUGUUUCCUUGUCUGCAUUCUACAACAGUACCAUUGUUCCUUGCCCCCAGUGCAGCUGUAAUUGUCAAGGAUUGGCUGGAGGAAAAUGUGUAAAGUCUGGCGAAACUCCUUCCUUGUUGGAACAACCACAUGCAAAUGAAGAAGACCCACAACCUUUGGUGAGGUGCUCUCCCCACAUGUGCCCAAUACAGGUGCAUUGGCAUGUGAAAAACAGUUACAGAGAGUAUUGGCGUGUCAAGAUCACCAUCACAAAUCUAAAUUUUGUUAAAAACUAUUCCAUGUGGAACUUGGUGGUGCUCCACCCCAACCUGGGAAAUGUCACUCAGGUUUUCAGUUUCAACUACCACCCCCUUAACUCGUAUGCAUACAUAAAUGACACCGGAAUGCUUUGGGGGAUUCAGUAUUACAAUGACAUGUUACUGCAAUCGGGACCAAGUGGAAAUGUACAAACCGAGAUGCUACUGCACAAAGUUCCGGGGAUUUUCACUUUUAGAGAAGGAUGGACUUUUCCAAGAAGAAUUUCCUUCAACGGUGAUGAAUGUGUCAUGCCCCCUCCAGAUCAAUACCCUAGGCUCCCAAACACAGCUCAUACUCAUAGUGCUACACCAACGCUUUCCAUACUCUCUUUCUCGUUGUUGUUGUUGCUUACAGUAGUGCUCUGAGAAGUCUCUGAAAGCAUUCGAGAUUACAGCUCAGUUUUGAAUACCCAACUCAUUUCUUAGUGCUGCAGCUCAUAAUUUUGAGGACGCAAAAAUGAGAUACAAACUGGGUUAAACCUAUACAAUUCGGCUGGUUUGGAUAGUAGAUGAGAUGAGAUGAGAUAUUUUAAAUAAAAAUUAAAAAUUAAAUAAAAUA